AUCGUCUAAUCAAGUUCCAAUCUGCCAGACUCUUAGGCGUGGGACGCCUUGGCCAUAGACUAGUCUUUUGGGAUCAGCAGUAGUUAGUGUAGUGGCAGCCUGAAUAUGUGUGUUUAUGUAAGAUAUGUGGCAAGGCAGAGUUUGUCCCCUAUGUACUAGUAAGAUCUGAACCCUAUGUGGAGUUUGUUGUAGUUGUAAUGCAGUUAUGCCCUUAACUAAGACUUAUAUACUGGUUGUAAUAUAAGUGCUCGUUCUGUAGUAUAUAACUUGUGUGCAUUAGGAGGCUCAUAGUACCUUACUAUUGUGUGCUUGAGUGAGUAAUCAGAGUGGUAUCAUUCUGGUUAGUAAGAGGCAUUUGCCACCAUGAUUGCACUUCAUGUUGGGUUACUGCAAAUUUAAGGACAGCAUGCUAUUUAUUGGUAUCACUUGCACUUGUGCUUGCUGAUUGGAAUCAAUAAUCAUGCAAAGAAGUAACCAACUAACUAGAAGAAAAAAAUGCAGGAUGAAUAACAAUGGUUUGACUGAGCAAGACCUUGUCUUUCGUUUGGGAUCAAGCGCCCAUGAUCAGCAUGGGGGUACACCAGUUUCAGAAAAUCAAAGUGCCCUACCUGGAGCGGCGCAACUUCCAAGCAAUCCAGAAGUGGGCAAUGCUGGAACUUCUGGACUUAUGGGUGGAGAAGGCAAUUUGGGAGAUGUCCUUAAGUUCAUGGAGAAUUCUCGAAGGGAGUCCCAAGAGAACCAGAACCGCUUCCUCGAAGCGAUACUGACAAGACUAGUUCCUGGAGGAGCAAACCUACCCGGUGCAGGAGUAAUCUUGGGAGAAUUUCUGAAAACUCAGCCACCCACAUUCUCCAAGGCGGUGGAUCCACUAGAGGCAGAUGACUGGCUGUUAGAAGUAGAACACAAUCUGGAAACCGUGGGGUGCUCAGAUGAAGAGAAGGUGAGAUAUGCAUCGCACCAGCUAACCGGACCAGCAGCAGCUUGGUGGAGGAAUUUCAGCCUUAGCCGAGCAAAUAAUCAGCCUAUCACUUGGGAGGAGUUCAAGGAGAAUUUCCGUCAGACCCAUAUUCCAAAGGGAAAGAUGGAUAUCAAAAAGAGGGAGUUUCGCAAUCUGACUCAAGGUAGCAAGAGGAUAAACGACUACCUAAACCAGUUUAAUGAUUUGGCAAGAUAUGCCCCGGAUGAUGUGAAUACAGAAGCCAAGAAGGUGGAAAAGUUUAUGGAAGGGCUGCAUCCAUUCCUGAAAAUGCACCUCUCGAUUCACGGGAUCACCCAGUUUCAAGACCUUGUCAACAGGGCCUUCAUACUUGAGAAUGAGCAUGCCAACCUAAGUGAAGAAAGAAGGAAGAAGGCAAGGGUAGAUCCACGCCCCAUGAUGCAUCACCCACGUCCUAUGAUGCCUGUACCAGUGCGUCCUCAUAUGCCACCACCACGGCCUAGAUUUCCUACUCAGCCAACCUUUGUUCCUAAAUGUGGGAAGUGUGGAAAAGGUCAUGCUACUCGAGAUUGUAUGACGGGUACAGGACUUUGCUUCAAUUGUGGGAGGCCAGGACACCACAAGCUCAAUUGCACCUCUCCUCCCGCGAAUCCUACAAGGCCACCUAUACAUCAGACUCAAGUGCAUCGUCCACCAGCUGGGCGAGGACAAGGCGGACCUAUGAACUAUGCAGCAAGAGGAGCUGGGCGUGGAGGACAAGUAGGAGGACAACCGGAUGACCACACUGCACCGGCGUAUAUUUUUAUUUCCUUAGUAUUCACUCGACUUAGUCUCGAAAUAUAUAUUUGCCGAACUGCAGGAAGCGAGUACAGUCAGGAGAAGGAGGCGCUACAGAAGCAAACUGAGUCCGGGUCUGAGUACGAGAACUCAGAGCAAAGCUUGUAUGAGAAUCCUACUGGACCAAGUGAGGAGAGCAAUGGUGAUGGCUACAACUACACAGGGGACCUAGAUGUGGAUCCAUCUAGUGCUAUGUGCGAUAUGGAUGCUACAUAUGGGGGUUGGGAUGAAUAAUUGAUGACCUAGCUAUGUAAUCCAGGAACCAUUUUAUCACCAUCUGUGUAGUACUACUAGUUGAAGCUCCGGUGUUAGGAGAUGUAAUAAUUUGGUGAACAUGUGAGAAGCUUACCUAAGACUUUUAGCCCUGCGUGGCAUGGUACUGUAAUAUAAAUGACUAUCUCUAGCUAUUCCCUGUUGCAAAUCUCUGACAUGGAUUAUUAUUUGACAAAACAAGAUUUUGUCAAGAAAUAAUCCAAGGACUAGUGUCAUUAUCUAUAAUAAUAAUGACACGGGUC